AUGGGUUCCCCCAUGCCGACGUCUCCCCGUUCACCCCGUUCUCCGGGGCCCCAUUCACCACACCUAGCUCAUUCCCCCCAAGCGAGUGAAGCCAGCUACCAUUCUCAUAGCAUCCCCCGCGACCAUGGCUAUGGCUACGAAGAGAAGAACGAACAGGCAGAGAGCCAACAAUCGCUUCUCUACCGCAACCAGCCUAGUCCAUUCAAUGCCCCAUUUGACGACCCGUAUGCCUCUACCGACUCCCUGCGACGUUACACUCUGCAGGAUCCAGGAGUGACCGUUUUCCCUGAUGGUCCCUACCAGGAGUCAAUGGCUUCGGCUUCGGCUUCAGGCUUCAAUCGCCGCUCGGGGGUUGCUUCUCCCAUGUCGGAGACUCCAUCCGAGGCAUGGCAACAGCGUCAAGCUCCUGGCUCUGGCCUCCGACGAUAUGCCACUCGAAAAAUUAAACUGGUGCAGGGCUCCGUGUUGAGUGUGGAUUACCCUGUGCCGAGUGCGAUUCAAAAUGCCAUCCAGAGAGAAUACCGAGAGUCUGAAGAGGGUUUCCCCGAAGAGUUCUCACACCUGCGCUACACUGCUGCGACAUGUGACCCCGACGAGUUUACCCUGCGAAACGGAUACAACCUGCGCCCCGCCAUGUACAAUCGUCAUACAGAAUUGCUGAUUGCGAUUACUUACUACAACGAAGACAAAGUCCUUACGGCACGAACACUCCACGGUGUUAUGCAGAACAUCCGUGAUAUUGUCAACUUGAAGAAAUCCGAGUUCUGGAACAAGGGUGGUCCGGCAUGGCAGAAGAUCGUUGUCAGCUUGGUCUUCGAUGGUAUCGAUCCCUGUGACAAGAACACGCUUGAUUUGCUGGCUACGGUCGGUAUCUAUCAAGAUGGAAUUAUGAAGCGGUCCGUUGAUGGACGAGAAACUGUCGCGCAUAUUUUCGAAUAUACUACUCAACUUUCCGUCACCUCCAACCAGCAGUUGAUCCGUCCCCAGGGCAACGAAGCCAGCAACCUCCCUCCCGUCCAAAUGAUCUUCUGUCUCAAGCAAAAGAACAGCAAGAAGAUUAACUCUCACAGAUGGCUCUUCAACGGUUUCUGUCGUAUUCUCAACCCCGAGGUCGUGAUCCUUAUCGAUGCCGGUACCAAACCUGGAAAGAAAUCCCUUCUCGCCCUCUGGGAAUCGUUUUACAACGAUAAAAACCUUGGUGGAUCUUGCGGCGAAAUUCACGCUAUGCUGGGUAAGGGUUGGAGAAACCUGAUGAAUCCUCUGGUUGCAGCACAGAACUUCGAAUACAAGAUCUCCAAUAUUCUUGAUAAACCUCUCGAGAGUUCCUUUGGUUACGUCUCUGUGCUUCCCGGUGCUUUCUCGGCUUACCGUUACCGAGCUAUUAUGGGAAGACCACUCGAGCAAUAUUUCCAUGGUGAUCAUACGCUAUCGAAACAGCUCGGAAAGAAGGGUAUCGAGGGAAUGAACAUUUUCAAAAAGAAUAUGUUCUUAGCUGAAGAUCGUAUUCUGUGUUUCGAACUUGUGGCCAAGGCCGGAUUCAAGUGGCAUUUGACAUAUGUCAAGGCAUCUAAAGGUGAAACUGAUGUUCCGGAAGGAACUGCAGAAUUCAUCAGUCAGCGACGUCGUUGGUUGAACGGUUCCUUUGCUGCUAGUUUGUAUGCUAUUAUGCAUUUCAGUCGGAUUUACAAGAGUGGUCAUAACAUCAUUCGAUUGUUCUUCCUUCAUAUUCAGAUGAUCUACAACUGUGUGGGUCUUAUUAUGACAUGGUUCUCUCUCGCUUCUUUCUGGUUGACCACUUCCGUUAUUAUGGAUCUGGUGGGAACUCCCGGUAGCUCGAACAAAAACAAAGGCUGGCCCUUUGGUAAUGAGGCAUCGCCUAUUGUGAACAAUUUCCUGAAAUACGGUUAUGUCUUCUUUCUCAUGCUGCAAUUCAUUUUGGCUUUAGGAAAUCGUCCGAAGGGUUCUCGUCUUUUCUACACGCUUUCGUUCAUAUACUUCUCCUUCGUGCAGGCUUAUACCAUGGUCAACUCGUUCUACCUUGUGGCGAACGCCUUCUUAGGAGGUACAUUGGAUUUCGACAUGAGCCAAGGCGUGGGUCAUUUCUUGAAGUCUUUCUUCAGCUCUUCCGGUGCCGGAAUUGUCUUGAUUGCAUUGGCAUCCACCUACGGUGUUUACUUCGUGGCUAGUUUCCUCUACAUGGAUCCUUACCACAUGUUCACCUCAUCCUGGGCCUACUUCACUGGAAUGACUUGCUCCAUCAACAUUUUGAUGGUUUACGCCUUCUGUAACUGGCAUGAUGUUUCUUGGGGUACUAAGGGAUCCGACAAGAGUGAAGCUCUUCCAGAAGCUCAAACCAAGAAGGAGGACGACAAAUCCAACUUCAUCGAAGAAGUGGAUAAACCACAGGCUGAUAUCGAUAGCCAAUUCGAGUCGACUGUCAAGCGUGCGCUGGCGCCGUAUGUUGAACCAGAGGAGCAGGAUGAGAAGAGUAUGGACGACUCUUACAAGGCCUUCCGAACCAACUUGGUUCUUCUGUGGAUUUUCAGCAACCUGAUUGUUGUGCUCCUCAUCACCGCCACCGGUGUCCAGCGUUUCUGUCUCACUAACACGUCUACUGUUCGGACUGCAAACUACUUCUCUGCCAUUCUGUGGACCACGGCUGGAUUGUCCCUGUUCCGUUUCAUUGGAUCCCUCUGGUUCUUGGGUAAAUCCGGUAUUCUCUGCUGCGUUUCUCGACGCUAG